CGCGCGCCCCGCUGGUCCUGGGAGGCCGCGGCGCUCGUCCGACUCGGCGAGCACCACGCCCGGCGCGACCAGCCCGCCCAGGCGGCGUCGUACCUGCGCACCGCGGCGCUCGAGCUCGACGACGCGGCCGCGUGCGCGGCCAUGGCGCGCCUGCUCGUGCGCAAUCACGACGUCGUCGCCCCGGACGAGAGGCCCUACCUGCGGUGGUACCUGUUCAAGGCCGCCGCGAGCGGGUCCAGCGAGGCGGCCUUCUACCUCGGCGUCCUGGAGAUGGAGCUGGCGCGGCGCGGCGGGCCGGCGGCGGCGGCGGCGGCGGCGGCGGCAGACCACGAGAGGAUGGGCCGCGAGUGGCUGGCGAUCGCGAGCCAGGACAAGAGCCAGGACAUGGCGAGGCUGCUCGCUCUCUACAACGGGAGCGAUGUCCUCAAGGUCAAGGUUAGCGAUGCUAUACAGAAGCUUUGA